AUGAAGUCACGUUCUCUGGACUUGGUGCAUGAAGUCACGUUCUCUGGGCUUCGUGCACAAACUCACGUUCUCUGGACUUUGUGCACAAAGUCACGUUCUCUGGACUUUGUGCACAAAGUCACGUUCUCUGGACUUUGUGCACAAAGUCACGUUCUCUGGACUUUGUGCACAAAGUCACGUUCUCUGGACUUCGUGCGCGAAGUCACGUUCUCUGGUCUUCCUGGUGGCCACACUCCGCCUCCAGCCAGUGGCCACACUCCGCCUCCAGCCAGUGGCCACACUCCGCCUCCAGCCAGUGGCCACACUCCGCCUCCAGCCAGUGGCCACACUCCACCUCCAGCCAGUGGCCACACUCCGCCUCCAGCCAGUGGCCACACUCCGCCUCCAGCCAGUGGCCACACUCCACCUCCAGCCAGUGGCCACACUCCGCCUCCAGCCAGUGGCCACACUCCGCCUCCAGCCAGUGGCCACACUCCGCCUCCAGCCAGUGGCCACACUCCGCCUCCAGCCAGUGGCCACACUCCACCUCCAGCCAGUGGCCACACUCCGCCUCCAGCCAGUGGCCACACUCCGCCUCCAGCCAGUGGCCACACUCCGCCUCCAGCCAGUGGCCACACUCCGUGCCAAACACAGUUAAUCCUCAUCCUAACAUAA